GGCAUUGACGAUGUCUAUCGGUUUGCCAUAUUCUUUAUAGUGUUCGCGCUCAUCCUUGUACAGUUUAUCCUAACAUGGUUUGUGGACAGAAGAAAAAAUGAAUUUGUACCGACCGCUGUAGUUCAUGAUAAACCAUGUCCUGAGGCAGACUCCUCCUUUAUAUCAAGGAUCAGUUUUUGGUGGUUUUCAAGUAUUGUGGUACAGGGGUAUAAGCGGGCGUUGGAUAGGAAUGAUCUUUUUGCCAUGAAUGAAGAGGAUAUGUGUAGCAGUAUUAUUCCACACUUUGACAAGUACUGGCAACAGGAGAUUGAGAAAGAGAAAAGUUCAAAUCGAUACGCAGAAACUCCCAGUACAGAUGGCAUUGAGUUACAGACAAGACAACGACAGGGAGAAACCUACACAGAGGUUCAUGUCGCUGAUGGAAAACCUCCCUACAAAGCCAAGCUACUCAUCUGCCUCAUCAAAGCAUUCUGGCCAAUGUUUCUUCUGUCUGGUCUCUUUAAACUUAUCUACGACAUCCUGCAAUUUGUUAGUCCACUCAUCCUCAAACUGCUGAUCAUGUUUACACGAGAUAAAACAGAGUACCAGUGGCGCGGUUAUCUCUAUGCAGUGUUGAUGUUUCUCGUGGCGUUUGUACAGUCCUUUAUUCUCCACCAGUACUUCCACAUUGCUCAGCUACUGGGCAUGAGACUCAGGACUGCCAUAAUUACCAUUGUCUACAGAAAGAUGUUACUGUUAUCCAAUGCGGCUCGUCGUACGUCUACAGUCGGGGAAAUCGUAAACCUGAUGUCUGUAGAUGCCCAGAGGUUUAUGGAUCUGAUGACGUACUUCCACACGAUUUGGUCUGGCCCCUUCCAGAUUGCAGUAUCCCUGUACUUCCUGUGGCAGACACUUGGCCCGUCCGUACUGGCUGGGACGGGAGUUAUGAUUAUCAUGAUUCCAGUCAAUGCUGUUAUUGCCAAAAAGACGCGAGACCUUCAGAUGAAACAAAUGAGAUUGAAAGACUCCAGAAUCAAAUUGAUGAAUGAAGUCCUCAAUGGCAUCAAGGUGCUGAAGCUGUAUGCCUGGGAGAAAUCGUUUGAGAAACAGGUGUUGGAUAUUCGUAACAAAGAGCUACAGGUCCUGAAGAGGAUGGCCUACCUAAAUGCUGCAGUGUCAUUCACCUGGACCACAGCACCUUUCCUGGUGUCCUUGGUGACCUUUGCUGUGUAUGUGAUGGUGGAUUCUAACAAUGUCCUGGAUGCAGAGAAAGCCUUCGUUUCUCUGUCUCUCUUCAACAUCCUGCGCUUCCCUCUAUCUAUGCUUCCUCAGGUCAUCUCCAGUAUUGUACAGGUCAGUGUGUCUUUAAAGAGAUUGCAGCACUUCUUAGACAAUGAACAACUAGACAUAUUCAGUAUAGAAAAGGACCCCUCUGCUAAACAUGCCAUCACCAUAGAGAAAGGCACCUUUACCUGGGAAAAGGAGGCUGAAACCCCUACACUUAGAGAAAUUAACAUGGAAAUACCUGAAGGAUCACUGGUUGCUGUGGUUGGGACAGUCGGUUCAGGAAAGUCCUCCAUCCUGUCCGCAAUUCUUGGAGAAAUGGAGAAACUCAAGGGCAAAGCCAAUGUCAAAGGUUCCAUAGCUUAUGUGGCCCAGCAAGCCUGGAUCCAGAAUGCAACAGUACAGGACAACAUUUUAUUUGGCAAGACCAAGUAUCAGACACAGUAUUCCAAUAUCUUGGACGCUUGUGCCUUGAAGACAGACCUAGAAAUAUUGCCUGCUGGUGAUCUGACAGAAAUAGGGGAAAAGGGUAUUAACUUGAGUGGUGGACAGAAGCAGCGAGUCAGUCUGGCACGUGCCGUAUACCAAGAUGCCGAUAUCUAUCUCCUUGACGAUCCCCUCAGUGCCGUUGACGCGCAUGUUGGCAAGCACAUCUUUGAUGAGGUGAUUGGACCAAACGGAAUUCUAAGGGAGAAGACACGGGUAUUGGUAACACAUGGCAUUGGCUUUCUGCCCAAAGUGGACCUCAUUGUGGUCCUUGUCAACGGUCAGAUCUCCGAGGUCGGAUCAUUCCAGGAACUGAUCAGCCAUCCUGGUGCCUUCGCAGAGUUCCUUAAGAGCUAUCUGACUGAGGAACUAGACAAUGAAGAUGUGGAGUUAGAUCUCGAGGAAAUUGAAG